AUGUCUGAUAUCCACAGAGACUUCGUGAAUUAUAACGAAAUGACCCGCAGCGACUUCGCGAAUUAUUACGAAAUGAACCGCAGCGACUUGGCUAAUAGUUACGCCAAAAGCGUUGACCCUCGUUACAAAAUGCCUGAUAGUUUCGUGUCUUGGAAAGAAACUACAACAUUUCCACCUGUAGAUUGGAAUGAAACUGCGGAUACUCAUGUCUUUAAGGCCGACCUUGCCGGAGAGGAUAAAGAAGCGGUUAAAUUAGGAGUGGUAGACGGUCGGAUUCUGGAAAUAAGCGGAGAACGCAGCAUAGAAGGGGGCAAGAAUUAUCUCCGUUGUGAACGGUUCAAAGGGCGGUUCCUGAGGCGUUUCACACUACCUGAGAAUGCGAAGGUGGAUGAGGUUAAAGCUGGCAUGGAAAAUGGAGUGCUCACUGUCACAGUGCCCAAGCAGCCUGAUACUCAGGCUCUGUUCAGAGACAUUGAAAUCUGCUAAAUACAUUGUAAUUGAAAUAUGCUAAAUAUAGUCUCUGUUUUGAGUGUUGAUCAAUAAUGUUCUGUUAGGGUUUAUCGAUAAACAAUCUUAGCCCGAAGAGACUAAGUGAAAAUCGUUUGAUUUGAAAAUCAGUUGAAAAUAUGUUUUUG